AUGAAGUAUCCCUUGGCUUUCUGCGCGAUCAUUCUACAGACUAUCGCAUAUAGUCGUGCAGCAAUAUGUGAUUUCAAUGAUCCGGACAGAACACUGACAUACUAUCCUCUCAUCACCUGCUCGACGGAUUUCAAUCAGUUUCCUUAUAGUCCUAUUAUAUGUCCACGAGAAGUGAAUGGUAUAGAAUAUGUUUGGCACCCUCAACCUACGCCGGAUGAGCAUGCUCACCUCACCACUUACGUAAGUCGCAAUGGUGCACUGCGCUCUGUUCCGCUUUACGAAGUAGUGCGCUCUGAAGCCGAGAAUGAACUCUUCAGGAUAGAAUCGUACCCGUCGCAAACGGAAUUGCACUUUGACGUGUUAGCUCGACAACUGUUUGUUGUCACCGAUGAUCGGCUGGUAUUCAUCUGUGGUCCACGAGACCUAGUUAUGAGUGAUACGCUUAAAGAAGAGCUUGACCUCCUCAAUGUGAUUCGCCCCAAAAAAACAUUUGCGUGGAAUCACGGCGGCACGUUGACAGGUGAAAUAAGAAAGCUGGGAUACGGAUUGGGAGUGGUGUACAUGUACAGAGGCCUCUCAUAUCUCCCGCUUCAAGGCUGUGGGAGUCGCCCCUCACUGCUUUUUGCACCGGACAACGUGGUUAGUGAGGAUACCUCCACUGGCACCCGUUCAUGUGUGGCGGAUUAUAUGUCAAAUGCGCGUAUUGGAUUUGUUUGCGAGGGUCGACUUGAACCUAGUGAUUGUUUUAGGUCUCUCUUGGAUGAAAAUGACAAAUCUAUAAUUGAUCCUCUACCAUAUUCUUAUCGACACUUUAAUACCUAUAAGCCAUGGGUUUUAGUGCAGUAUUUCGAUGGCUUGGCGUUACCCGCAUUCAAAGGCGAAUGCAGGUGCAUAGAUGCUGAGACAGGUCACGUGAAGGCAAGGAUAGAGAUCCGUUCGAAAAAAGAACACGUAUGCGACAUAACCAGCAAGGUUUUCCGCAACCAUACGGCAGCAAUUCGUGGUCCGUGGUGUUCUGUGCUACUUCAUCCCGGCAGCAUACUGACCAUACGGUUCCCAAUUGAACAUGUAGAGGAUUCUAAAGCUGUUACGGUUUUGCGGAAUCCACCGAGGUAUUUGUUCAAAACUGAAUUCCGACCACAGAACUUGGAUUUUCUGCAACAAAAUAUAAACACCUAUCAGGCUUCUAUUUACGAUGUGGUAUUGUAUAAUAGAGCCCUAGCUGGUGAUGCUCUUGAACUAGAUAUUUCACAGAUACCCCAGGGAGUAGUAACGCUAAAGUACCACGCAGACAAACCACUCACCUUAAGAAGAGGGGUGAACUCAUUUUUGUUUCAUUGGUUAUUGAGACCGACAGACAAAUAUAACUUAGGUCCGAUACGCGCGAUCAUCAAUGUCUCUUUCGCCUUUACCCAUGAGUACUGUAUCGUUGGUUGCGACCGGGAGGUGCCUAGUUUGUUUGAUCCGGUUAUCAGCUUCAAACAUUGCUCAGCGAAAUAUAUGGGAAACGGUAUUGGGGAAACGUACCAAUGCAUUCAACGUUCGCGACUUGGCGUUUGGGAUGCUGGGAUCCGCUGUAGGCCCGACGAAGAGCUUUUGCCAAGUAAUUGCGCAUCCGAAUUAUACGAUCUCCAUUCCAAUGAAAUUGCGCUAUUACCCGAUUCUGUGCGAAGUUCAGGGCCGUUCACUAUUCGAGGAUUCCAGGUUUUCGCGCUUGAUUUAGACGAUGGAGCCGUAACCUAUGCCUGCAUAUGUGUCGACCAACGUGGGUUCGAAAAAAGCAGGCUUACUUUGGAAUCAUACUAUGAUGAUUAUCGUUAUUAUAGAGUACGCCAUAAGGACGGACGCAACGUGGUGCUUCCUUAUAUGUUGCUACCUUGGCAAGAGGUUGGAUUAUCAAGUGAGGGAUCCACCUCACGAGAUCGACUUAUGCUAUACGACGUAACAUCGAGUUCCAUUCCAGUAUAUGCAGGGGCAUAUUUGGUCUUGUAUUGUGCUGGUACUGAUGACAUAAUCAUAGACGAAGAGGACGUAGGGAAUGAUAAUGAUGUACAAACGUCUUGGUUUCCAAAGCAAUCUACGCUUUUUCAUUACACCAUCAAGAAUACGCCUUACGGAGACGAGCUCGUUAGAGUGCCACAUAGCUUUUCCAUUGCUAGCAAUCCGGGGGACUUGAACGUCGCAUCGGUGCCUACAGCUGCGGGCGUCAAUGAAUUGAAGAUUAAAUUGAGUAGAGGCGCUGUAUUGGUAUCAAAAGAUGUCAUGAAAAGACAAUACGUGCCCAUGACGUUCGUAUGCGGUAAGAAACCCGAACAAUCUGACGUUACUGAAAUUGCUGGUAGUGCGAUCAGUUCAGACCGUUCGCUGCAACCCAUUAACAAUAUAAUGGGACUGUCGACAGGAUACACGUGGAAUGUUGUUCAAGUGCUAGUGGAGACCACCGACCCAUACAUGCAAGGCUGCGGCGUUACAUACGAGUCUGCUGGAUUGUUCAAGCCUGAGACACCCACAAUCUACGCUGAGAACGGACAAGAAAUCGGUUGCAAUAUAGACCUCCACGCUGCUAAGGAAGCGGCAUUCUACUGCCCAGCACCCUACGUCCUGGAUCCACCGGAUUGCUUCAACCAAGUUUACGUGGACGGAGACGUGACCAACCUAAACAACAUCAGCAAUUCGUUAGUAGCGUCACAGUCCAACCACUUCGUUAUUUUGCGGUUCGACGGUUCGCAAAUGGGACCAGGAGAAACGCUGCGCGAAAUGCCGCCCUUGGAGUGCCGCUGCGUGACCGUUAAGGGUAUCGUCCUGUCUACCAUACAGAUUGAGAACUAUUACUCCAAGGAAUGA